UAUCAACCGCUGCCUGGGACUUAACACUGCACGUAGCUUCUUGCUUCCCUGAUGGCUAUAUACAUAAUUCAUCUAACUAAUUUGAUCGGAAUGGCAGCCUCUCCAGAUAGCACCAAUUCAAGUGUAGCAAUACAGUUGCCGUCUCUGCGGGCUAGACAAACAGUGGACCUGCUCCUUUAAGAGAAGGACGCGUUCUACUGAUUUGAAUGCAGCAGAAAACCCACUGGAAAAUAGAACACUUCGGAAGCAACAGAAGGACACCCGUUUUCGCGUCACAUCAACACGGCCGUGGACGGAGGAAUGGGGGGUAGCUAGCUAGUUGGCUAGAUUUCCAAGUACAAGGGAAAGCUCAUUACGAUAAACAUGGUAUCGUGGAUCAUUUCGAGGAUGGUAGUCCUAGCCUUCGGGACCCUCUACCCAGCCUACUCCUCAUACAAGGCUGUCAAAACAAAGAAUGUCAAGGAAUAUGUGAAAUGGAUGAUGUACUGGAUAGUGUUUGCAUUAUUCACCACGGUGGAGACCCUCACAGACCUGUUCAUGUCCUGGUUUCCUUUCUACUUUGAGCUGAAAAUAGCCUUUGUGAUCUGGCUCCUGUCUCCGUACACCAAGGGCUCCAGCGUGCUCUACCGGAAGUUUGUCCACCCCACCCUGUCCAACAAGGAGAAGGAGAUAGAUGAGUACAUCACUCAGGCCAAAGACCGUAGCUAUGCAACCAUGAUGAGGUUUGGGAAGAGGGGCUUGAACCUGGCCGCUAAUGCAGCAGUCACUGCAGCCAGCAAGGGUCAGGGUGUGCUGUCGGAGAAGCUGCGUAGUUUCAGUAUGCAGGACCUGACUCUGAUCAACGAUGGUGAGGAGAUGGGCCUUCGCUCCUCUGACCCCCGCAUGAGGAGGGACGACAUGGACGACAUGGCUAUUGGAGCCAACACACUGCCCCGAGCCAAGACCCCACGACAGACUCGCUCCUCAUCUGCGGCUCCACAGCUUGAUGAAUCAUCGCAGCACGGCUCGGACCAAUCAGACACCAGGAGCGUCACCACAGAGCAUUCUGACGAGGAUGUUCUAGAGAAGGUCCCCGUCAAGCGCGUGGCCAGCGUCAAGGCAACCAAGAAACCUGCUGCUGUCAAAACGGAGGCUACGACUAAACCAGUGAAAAAGGCACCAAAGAAGAAGACCACCACAACAGCUACAGUCAGCAGCAAUGCUGAGUCACCCUGAUGUCCGUCUGUGUUGUACCCAGUAGUGUCCCACUCCCCUCCGGCCACUCCCCUCCGGCCACUCCCCUCUGGCCACGCAGCGGUCUGUUUCCAUAACACACACAGCCAACGACCUCUGGAGAAUCACUCUCACUGCUUUGGUGGAACACCGGUUUAGUUCUGGAUUAUGGCUAGGUCCUUGACAACCAGCACUGUCUUUUAUUUAGCCAGCCUGCUUACUUUCUAGGUAGUGUAGUCAUAUGCGUGUAUACGUUUAGAUUUCAACAAUGGCAGUGAUAGGGUAUCUGAACAGAAAACGAGUAACUUUCCUCCUGUACUAUUUGUAGCACAGUCUCGAGGCCAGUUUAUCCAACACACCACCAUGUGUUGCCUGGACUUUACAGUCUUGAGAGUACAGGGAGUUGCCCCUGGUGCACCGCCCUAGGGCUUCUACCUCUCACUAGGAGAGUGUCUGUCUAUAAAUACACAUUCCAUUCAGUAUGGAAUCUAUGGCAGGCUGUCUAGAGGCCACCAUGGAUUAGGAGACAGUCUUAGGACAUCAGGGAGGGUUUAGGGUGGAGCAGAGUUCAGGAUGGGUGUAGGUGUGUUUUGGGCCUCCAGCCUUUCUACCGACGCCCCGACGGCUGUGCGUGGAGGCAGGCCGGUCCUGUCUGGAAAGCCGAGGGGCAUUCUGGGAGCACGUAGCGUUGACUGUGCUAAUCCGAUGCCACGGUUUCCCCAUCAGUCACCGUGCUGUUGUGGAGGAGUAUUAGCCGCCGACACGGAGUCACGUGUGGAUGGAGAGACGAAGGUAUCUGUUUGUUUUUCCCUCCUCCCCCUGGACAACUCCCACCACCUCCUCUGCUCCCAGCGGUCCCACAGGAAGGCACACAGCUUCAGGUGUCCUUCACAUUCCUGUGUGUGUGUGUGUGUUUGCAACAUAACCACGCUUCUGGUUUUCCCCACUUCCUCCUAAUGUUGACCCAGCUGUAUACAUUUACAUAGCUGUAUGACCGCUUAUAACAGUGUAUAACCAUCCACGAGGUCUCCAUUAUACACUGCUGUCUUCUCACUGAUACGUUUUGGCUUAUGGGUUUUGUUACCUCUGAAUUGUGUUCUGUUGAGACGAGCCGAAGCCCAUAUGGAUCCGGGUCUGAAUGCGUGAAUAUCGGAGGUAGCCGCUAACCGUGUCAGAGUGCUGUGGGAAGACCUUCGGCUGAUACUGGCUUCACUCAGUUAGCCUCGUACCUGGAUUAGAACUCAGUUCUGCUUGAGUCGAAUAUCUGAGGCAUGUGACAACUAAAGUAGUAUACAUAUGUGUCGCUCUAGGUAUUGAUAAAUAUUAUGUAUAAUAAUGGCCUAGCUACAUGUUAUGAAAGAAAUGUCUAGUGUAGAUUUUUUUUUUGUUCUGAGUUUUCACUCAGAUUAUUUUCACUUGGAUUCACCAUCAGUUUCAUAAUUUGGCCCGUAAAGAGUAAGAUGUGGAGUGGUCAGUUGGGGUUUGAUCUGGGAUCAUCAAUCUGCCUCUUAGAGGGUAUGGGCUCAGCCCUGUCAUUCUGAUCUAAACAUUGUUAUUCUCAAGCAUAAGAAGAGCAGCUGUUCUGGCACAUCCCCUUCUUCUGUCUUAUCUGGCUGUAGCCACCUCAAACAUGGCGGAAAUGUCUUCCCUCUUAGAUUGGUAAGAUACAGCCUACUAGUCGGAUGAGUAGUGACACCCCCAGAAUAAUGCUGAAAGCUGUUAAAACGAUGUUCACUGCUAGUGUUUUACAUGUGAAUGAUGGGAUGUGCAUGUACCAACAUAUCCAUUGUGUCCUGUUUGGGCCGGCAGGUUUUCAUGGGGUAGUCCCCGUCAAGGCUAACCGGUGCUUGGAAGAAAAGGUGUCCUUGUCGUUAGCUAAAAACGAUACACGUUCCAGGAUCUCUAUGAAGCUUCUUUGUAGGCUUGGGUGACUUUCCGCCAUGUACCCUUGCCUUACACCCAUCUCACCCUCUCAGAUCGCAGGGAAUUGUCGUGGUUAAUGGUCUUGGGGGUUGAAUUUUGGAAUGGGCAUGUGUUGUGGGUGGUUGUCUUUUUUCGUAGGGCACGCCCCUGCUUUUGGCAGGUUUCGUUUGAGGUUUAUGGGUGUAGAUUGUAAGAAUUAUACCACUGCGCUUGUUUGUUCUUGGCUCUUGACUUUAGUGUGACACUGAUUUUAACCACUAGGGGGAGACCUACUUCAUGCAACCGUUAUAGAGCUACUGAAACAUUUGCAAAAUGAUGACCUACUGUAUGUAAAUAUUCAUUAUUUAACUGUAUGAAUUAGCUUGCUUGCCUUAUAUCACGCUCUUCUUGAAUACAUAGGUUUAGCUUUUUUCUCUUUGGGUUUUAUCGUAUGCACUUCCCCUAACAGGAGGCCCCUCGGUAAGGUCCUGCUGUGAACAUUGUUAUUGGUGUGAUUUUAUUCUGUUCUCAAUUCCUCUUUCUGAUGAUGAGAUAUUUUAAUUGGUCCCUAUUAAGGGGCUAAUAAUACUUGACUUCCCUAUCCAGUUGUGUAAGACAUUCCUCAGUAUGCUUGGUAAUAGUCAAACCGAAGUUGUUUCACACUGUUGGUUCUGCCUUUAAUAUUAGGCUGGCUGCCCUAUCAACGGCAACAAGGAAAAUAGAUUGUUUUCAAUUAUUUUAUAUUCUGUUUUGAUCUGCUAGUGUUUACACUUGAGAAAUGAUGGCACAGUGACACACUUUUAAUGCAUUCUCGCUGUCAUGAAAACCCUACUUGACGUUAUGUAAUUUAUUUUCAUAUUUAUUGUUUAUUUUUGUGUGAAAUCAGUAUUAUUGUGUAAAAAAACUCCCAUUGAGAGAGAAUAUUCUGCAUUAAUAUAUUGUUUGUGCCAACUAUCAAUACUCCACUCUAAUAAAAUGUUUCUCCGCUGGGGUAAUGGUAUUUAACAUGGACUGAAUGACAGUCAUGUACCAUUAACAAAUGCUACUAAUAAAUAAAGCAUAUUACACUCAUC